CUCCUCCUUCCUUCUAUCAUUCCCACAAGGCAGCAGGAGCAGAGAGCAGCCAUUGCUGUGUCUGGCAGCAGGUUACACAGUAGUGAAGAAGAUAUCCGGUGAGUGUGAGACACCGAGCAGCCAUCCCCGUGUGUCAGGAAGAAGAAAGACCCAGAGCCUCAUCUCGGUGCCUCCACCUCACUCACUGACACAUGACACAUUGACCAGAAGAUCCUGGAACUCACCAACAAGAUCAUUCAGCUGCUGACUGGAGAGGAGGGGGAGUAUAUAGAGGAACACAGGGGUCUAUACAAGGACGUGAUGAUGGAGAAUCACUGGCCCCUCACAUCACUGGAUGGGCCCAGUAACAGAGAUACCCCAGAGAGAUGUCUCCGUCCUCUGUAUUCCCAGUAUUGUACAGAGGAGAACCACAGGACCCCACAGGAGGAUCAGGUAGAACGUCUGUCUGAUAUUAAAAUAGAAGGUACAGAGGUAGAAGAAGAGACGUAUGUGACUGAUAUGAAGGCAGAAGAUAUAGAGGGAGAAGAAGAGACGUAUAUGACUGAUAUAAAGGCAGAAGAUAUAGAGGGAGAAGAAGAGACGUAUGUGACUGAUAUAAAGGGAGAAGAUAUAGAGGGAGAAGAAGAGACGUAUGUGACUUAUAUAAAGGCAGAAGAUAUAGAGGGAGAAGAAGAGACGUAUGUGACUGAUAUAAAGGCAGAAGAUAUAGAGGGAGAAGAAGAGACGUAUGUGACUGAUAUAAAGGCAGAAGAUAUAGAGGGAGAAGAAGAGACGUAUGUGACUGAUAUAAAGGCAGAAGAUACAGAAGGAGAAGAAGAGACGUAUGUGACUGAUAUAAAUGCAGAAGAUACAGAGGGAGAAGAAGAGACGUAUGUGACUGAUAUAAAGGCAGAAGAUAAAGAGGGAGAAGAAGAGACGUAUGUGACUGAUAUAAAGGUAGAAGAUAUAGAGGGAGAAGAAGAGACGUAUGUGACUGAUAUGAAGGCAGAAGAUAUAGAGGGAGAAGAAGAGACGUAUGUGAGGGGUGAUCAGCUGUGUAAGGAGGAGGAGAUCCCUACAGAUAUCAGCACAGCAGAUGGACACACAAGCAGGAAUAUCUCAGAAGGACAACUAAUGUUAUCCCCGGAUUGUGACAUAAAAGAUAAUGACAGUAGACAGGAUUCUCCAGGAGAUAAUCCCAUUACCCCAAUUAUACAUCCAGCUCUAUCAGCUGAUCCCCCUGAUCCUGGGAAAUGUUCUCCUGAUCACUCUGAUAUUGGUGCAUCUGUUACAGCUCUGACAGUAGAUACAGAGUUUCCAUGUUCUAUAGAUGCCAAAUGUUUUACACAGAACACAAAGCCCAUUACCCAUCAUCCAGCUAAGGCAGGUGAGAGGCCACUGAUAUGUUCUGAGUGUGGGAAAUGUUUUACAAAGAAAUCAGCUCUUGUUACACAUCACAGAAGUCACACAGGUGAGAAGCCGUUUUCCUGUUCUGAGUGUGGGAAAUGUUUUACACAGAAAUCAGCUCUUGUUACACAUCAGAGAAGUCACACAGGUGUGAAGCCGUUUUCCUGUUCUGAGUGUGGGAAAUGUUUUGCAUUGAAAUCAGUUCUUGUUAAACAUCAGAAUAGUCACUCAGGUGAGAAGCCGUUUUCCUGUUAUGAGUGUGGGAAAUGUUUUGCAUGCAACUCAAAUCUUGCUACACAUCAGAGAAGUCACACAGGUGAGAAGCCGUUUUCCUGUUCUGAGUGUGGGAAAUGUUUUGCACGCAACUCAAAUCUUGCUACACAUCAGAGAAAUCACACAGGUGAGAAGCCGUUUUCCUGUUCUGAGUGUGGGAAAUGUUUUGCAUGGAAAUCAGAUCUUGUUACACAUCAGAGAAGUCACACAGGUGAGAAGCCGUUUUCCUGUUCUGAGUGUGGGAAAUGUUUUACAAAGAAAUCAGCUCUUGUUACACAUCAGAGAAGUCACACAGGUGAGAAGCCGUUUUCCUGUUCUGAGUGUGGGAAAUGUUUUACAAAGAAAUCAGCUCUUGUUACACAUCAGAGAAGUCACACAGGUGAGAAGCCGUUUUCCUGUUCUGAGUGUGGGAAAUGUUUUACAAAGAAAUCAGCUCUUGUUACACAUCAGAGAAGUCACACAGGUGAGAAGCCGUUUUCCUGUUCUGAGUGUGGGAAAUGUUUUACAAAGAAAUCAGCUCUUGUUACACAUCAGAGAAGUCACACAGGUGAGAAGCCGUUUUCCUGUUCUGAGUGUGGGAAAUGUUUUACACAGAAAUCAGUUCUUGUUACACAUCAGAGAAGUCACACAGGUGUGAAGCCGUUUUCCUGUUCUGAGUGUGGGAAAUGUUUCGCAUUUAAAUCAGUUCUUGUUAAACAUCAGAAUAGUCACUCAGGUGAGAAGCCGUUUUCCUGUUCUGAGUGUGGGAAAUGGUUUACACAGAAAUCAUCUCUUGUUACACAUCAGAGAAGUCACACAGGUGAGAAGCCGUAUUCCUGUUCUGAGUGUGGGAAAUGUUUCACACAGAAAUCACAUCUUGUUACACAUCAGAGAUGUCACACAGGUGAGAAGCCAUUUUCAUGCUGUGAGAGAAAUAAAUCCGCUCUUGUUGAACACAUUAGACAUUACCCAAGUACGGAACCAUUUAAAUCUUCUGGAGUAUAAUCAUCACUGUCAUCCAAUGUUCCUCAAGGGUGAAUCCUAUCUCCUAUGCUUUAUAAAAUAUACAUGCUACCACUGGGUGAUAUAAUCAGACGUCAUGGCCUGGUCUACCACUGCUAUGCAGAUGACCUGCUUUUUGCUCCAUGUACUGAGAACCUAAUACCAAUAAAUGGUUGUCUAGCUGAGCGCCAGGGGUGGAUGAUGCCAGUUGGCUAUGACUCAGUCUUUGUGAAACAUAAUAGAAGCUCACCAACAAAGGACAAGACUACAGCUUUACCAACCAUCUGGAUUUAUGCUUUGGUGUUCAGAAUCGCAAAAUACUGAACGUGUGCUGAAUCUUUGUGUUGUCCUAGUAUGUGGCUGACACAGACAUCAGGUAUCUGCCACAUACAAAUCCUCAUUCUUCCAUCUGUGGACCAUAGCCAGAAUCAAACACUUGAUUCCCUCGGAAGUUCAUAGACUACUGCAAUGCCAUCUACCUGGGUCACCCAGCAAAAUAAUUACAGAGCUUGCAGAUAGUACAUAAUGCAGCAGCCAAGCUGUUACCUAACCAGCCCGUUCCUGCCACAUAACACCCAUUCUCUGCUCCCUUCACCGGCUGCCUGUAAGAUGACAAAUCUAUUUCAUAAUUGGCUAACUGACCUUCCCAGCCCAACAUUACAUGGUCCAAGGUGCUAGAAGCAGCUUCUGCCUCCUUACUGCCCUGCUUGCUUGCUUCUACAGAUGAAGGACUGUUACCAGCAGUACCAAGAAUCUCCUGUCAUUCAUUUAAGGGUCAAAUUUUUAACUUUGCAGCCCUUACCAUGGAACGUACUGCCUUGCACAGUCCAAGAGACCACCACUCUAGAGAACGUCACAAAUAGACUGAUGACUGCUACUCACGCUUUUCAUUAAUGUACCUCUAUUUACUUCCUAAAUAAUACAUCCUAAAUGCUUAGGUCUUUUUUCUGCUGUUUAUUUUGUAUCUUGUGCUUUGUGUAAAUGUGAAUGUCUAAUACCAGUUUGCACAAUCUGUAUUGCUGCACGACAAUAUGGCGGCCAUUGGAACAUGUUUUCACUUCUAGUUUGCCUAACUUGUUGCAGACACUCAUCUUGAUCAGGAGUGCUGAGUGUUUUCAGAUACAAGAUCCUAUCUAUAUAUACCCUGUAUAUUAUAAUGUGCAUUAGAGUCACCCGGGUUACAUCUGCAGUGGUUUGUUGUAUGUUACAUCUAUAUGGUGCGGAUACUCCUCUGUAUGAUCUCAUAAUA